AAGAAAAUGUAUCAAAUAUGGCUGUUUUAAAAACAAAGAUUUUUUGAUCUUGAAUCAAAGAAAACGACGGUAUGAAGUUGAAUCCAAAACUAAUCCCUGGUUCACUUCAUGUACAGAAUAAAGGAUCUUGCGAUUGGGGAUGGCAAUCGAUGUUUGCUUAUGGGUGUUAUAACUUUGUCGUGGUUGUAGAUCCUGAAACAGUGCAGAUUAUUCAAACAUUGGAUCUUCAUCAGUCUAAUGUUAUCAAGGUAAAAUGGUGUCGUGAAAACUACCAUCAUGAUCUUGGCUGCCCGUACAGUCUUCGGUUGGCCUCGGCAGAUGCUGCUGGUCAUAUCAUUAUCUGGGAUGUCAGUCAAGGCAUUUCUUUAAGUGAGUUCUCUGAUGGUUCAAGACCUGUCUUAGACCUUCACUGGCUAUGGACACAGGAUGCCUCCCAUGAUCUUCUUGCAGCCUUGCACGCACCAUCCUCUCUGAUCUUAUGGAAUGCAGAUACUGGAAUCAAGUUAUGGAAAAAAUCCUUCCAAGAAAAUCUGAUAUGCUUUGCUUUCGAUCCAUUCAGCCCAGCAAAAGUCACAUUAAUGUCCCAGGAGUACUUGGUGUUUCUGAGUGAUUUCUCAGUGAACCAAGCCCCAGAAGGCAAUGGUCGAAGAUUCUACAUGACAAGUUCAGAGGCCUCAUCUGGAUCAAGUAACAACCUGUCAAGUUCUGGUAAUAACAGUACCCUCAGGACACCUUCAAAAUCAGCAUUUCAGAGAGUGAAGCUUUGGGCAGCAAAUGAAAGCAAGAAUAGGGUGGAAGAGGUGAAUGUAGCCUUGAGUGAAUGUCUACAGCUGGUCUACCACCCAGCAUGUCGUGAUAUGAUUCUACUUGUUUUUCCCAGAGAGAUCCUCUUUAUUGACACUGCCAUCAACCAAGCCAUUGGUUCAAUCUAUCUUGAACGCAACAGUCCCUCAUUUUCCCACGCUGUACUGCCAUGUACCCAACGCGACGUCAUAUACACCCUUCAUGACAAUGGCAGUAUUACAAUGAGGUGUCGUCGCCAAGUAACCACAAACCCAUAUCCAACUGUCAGAGAAGAAAUUGAAGAGGCUUGUUUGGAUGUUUUAUAUGAGAACAAAUGCCAAUCUGAUGCUUUUCGAUUGAGCAAAUCAAGUUAUGUGAGUGGGUUUGUGGCUUGCCCUAUUACUGAGACUAAAGUAAUUCUGCUGGUCAGCGAUGGAAGAUUAUUAAUCUGGAAUGUGAAAUCUGUUGGUGAACCUCUAUCAGAUGCAAUGUUGAUGUCAGAUGAAUGCCUCAAGGCUUCCCUGCCCAUUACAACCACAGACACACCUGUCAUAUCAGCGAUGAUGUCGUCCCCCCCUGAAAGAACACUAUCUGAUAUACUCCCCCCAUCAAUGCAACAGGGGGGUAAUGGGAAUAGUUUCAGAUUUCUUUUAAUAGGGUUGCUAAGCAAUGUGCAAAUGUCUCCAAAUUGUGCGGCGAUGUGUCCACCAAUGACAACGAAGAAUUGGCCAGAGUAUAAACCAUUAGUUGCUGUGGGCAGUACAUCCGGUGCAGUUCAAGUUUUUGAUAUAUCUGUUGGAUUAAUGAUCCGAGAGUUUAAUCUCCACAGUGCACCAGUAAGAGGUGUUGCCUGGUCAAGUUUAAAAAGUUUUCUAAGUUGGUCGUAUUGGUCUCACAGCAGUAGCGUGCGAAGUGAGGUCUUUAUGGUUGACUUAAAAACAGGUCAAAACACGCCCGUUCCUUUGCCAAAGAAUUCUGAAGAAAAAACAAUAACAUCCAUUAAAGUUUCCCAGUUGAAACAAUAUUUCAUCAUCAUUUACAAAGAAAAACCUCUGGAAAUCUGGGAUUUGAAACACCUCGGUCUUCUUCGUGAAAUGUCUGCACAGUUUCCGUUGAUUUCAGCGUUGGAAUGGUCUCCCAGUCAGUAUGGAAAACACAAGAAGAAACAGCAGACACAAGUGACUGAUGACAAAAACGUGACACCAGAGGGGUCAGAAGAAAAGGCUGCAAAUGUUUUGGACAGCGGAAAACCUGAAGUCGUGACUAUGCCGAUUUGGUUAAAGGAACACUUUAUUUUUACAAAUACAGACGGAAUGUUGUUUCAUUAUGUUGUUGAAGGAACGUCUGUUAAAGACAGCAGUAAAGUUCCACCUGAUGGGAGCAUGGGAAAUAUCACAUGCAUUACUUGGAAAGGAGAUACCGUCAUCCUUGGCGACGCUGAUGGAAAUUUCAGUAUCUGGGAUCUUCGUCAUCGUUUGUCGAGGAAUCAAAGCACGCAUCGAGGAACGAUAAAGAAAAUGAAAUUUGCUCCAGGACGUGGAAAUUUGAAGUUGAUGUUGCAGUUUAGCGAUGGCGUGGAGAUCUGGGACUUAGGAAAGUCUGAACGAACAAGCUCAAUGAGAACUCAGCGAGAUUCUGUCGUUGUGAUCGACAUUGACUGGUAUUCGUCUGAAGUUCCUCUCUUGUUGUUUUCAAAUGGUACAAUAAGAAUGAUGACAUUAAACUUGAAACGUUCUUGCUCACCAAUGUCGGAACAAGAUCUAACAGAUUCUCUGUGGUGCCCACAUCUUCUUCCUCCACGAAAGGCGCUCAUGUUUAAGUCAAUUCUACAAAGCCAAACUUGGAAUGAAAAAUACACUUUAGAUGUCGGUGAACUAAACCUUUCCUCCCAGGAGAAGAAAGAUCAAGUGAAUGAAUUCCUUGCAAACUUAACAGAUGAUAUUAAAGAGUUUAUGCCUGAAGCUCCACUUGGCAUCGCCCAGCGUUGCUUGAUUGCCUCUCAACUUUUUGGUGAUGAAGGAGAGCUAAAGUUUUGGACAGUUACCUUGCAUUAUCUACGAAGGGAGAAAUGUCGCAAGGCUUGUCCAGCUCACAAGAACGGCAGCAAUAGAGCAUCGCGUUCUUCAUCUCGUCUCGAUCCAGACCUCGGAACAGAACCACGGCGAGUUCGUCGAAAGAGUUUAGAUCUACUAUCAAUAGAUGACGACUUGGAUCUCAAUAUCCCACUGGACAGCGAGGGUGAAAAUACCGAGAUAUGUCACUGUUUCCCCAUCACCUUGGAUACCGGAUAUGAUGUGUUGUGUGAUUCAAGAACCUUUCAGACACAUCAACUAAGCCGUGCAGCUCUGCACGAUAGCAAGAGGUCGACGUACGAACACACGAAGAAAUGCGCUGAAACAUUGGUACUCUUGAAACAGGCUGACCGCGCCGUCCAACUAUUCCUGGAGACUGAGUCUAGCAACAGCAACUAUUACACAGAUUCUCUGAGAGCGUGUCUUGUGGCUGCGAUACGUUCAUCAGGUGCCUCUCAAAGCACGAUAAAGUUAGUUGCGACGAAUCUCAUUGCAAAUGGCAAACUUGACGAGGGUGUUCAAUUGUUAUGUAUGAUUGACAAGGGUUUAGACGCUUGUCGAUAUUUACAGACAUACGGAAAAUGGUAUCAAGCAGCCUGGCUGGCCAAGGCUACUCUAGAUUACGAUGAUUGCGCAGAAGUCAUGCGCAGAUGGAUUGACCAUCUCUCAGGGACUCAAAUCAGCCAACAGAGUCGUGGAUUGUUGCUCCAUAUUUCUCUUGGACAGUUCACGAAAGCUUUGUUAAUGAUUUUCGGAAUGCGUUUCUUCGACCGUGCGGCCUUGUUUGCUGAGGCUUGUCUAGAAUAUGGCUUGCUAAAUACAGACGACAGUUCUGUAUCGUUGCUUCUAGAGUCAGUCUUCACGGAAUAUGCGCGUUAUCUUUUCACAAUUGGUUUAGUUAAUGCGGCGAAGUAUUACUGCUCUAAAGGUGGACAAGAAGGAAAAAGACUCCUUGAAGAUAUAUCAUGAUA